AUGAGUCUGGACGGACCUCGCGAUCCGCUGAGAAACCGGCAAUACUAUGAGGAACGCCGACUUCUGCCACCAAAACAAUCAGCGGUCACCUCUUUGCUAUCGAAGGCUAACGAGACCACCGUUUCGCCUCCUCCAUCCAGCUUUCGUCAAAGUGUAGGCGUCGCCGCCUCACAAACCGCAGCACCAUCGGUAGAACCGACUACAUCUGAAAGAAGCACGUCGAGAAUCACGGUUACUUAUGCGCCACCGUCGCGUGGCGGCGGUGGAGUCGGUGCAGCAGAUCUGGGUCGACUGGUGAAGACAACAUGGAAUGACCUGAAGGAAUUGCUGGGAUUCGUGCCUAAUUGUAUGAACGGUGGGACGAGAACUGGUGGAACGACUUGCAGGUGUCCGAAGCUAUUUGAGGGUGCAUUAUGUGAUAAAAGGAUAUGCCUAAAUGGCGGGAAAUUAGAACGUGCCAAGUAUGGACCUGUGUCUUGGGAUUGCAAGUGCCCGACUCCUCAGUUCAUUGAAGGAGCCCAUUGUGAGACGGUACGAUGUGGGAAUAAUGCACCGCUCCGUACAGAAGCGAAUGGAAGUUGGUGGUGCGACUGUUCGGAUAGUAUGUUUUAUUCCGGACGUUUUUGUGAGGAAUUCAGCGCCCCAUAUGCAGUAUUCGCCAUUCCCUUAGCCUGUUUACUGUUAUUUGCUUUGUGUAUAGCUGUUUGUCAAAUGGAUCUCUGCCCGAGGCGAAGGAGAAAUCCACGACAUUCGAGACAUCCACCUGAAUCGGGUCAAUCACGUUCGACAUCUAGAAGCAGACGAAGAACAGCUGCUGGAGGAGCGGCACGUUCCCGAGCAGUGCCGUCUGCAGGCCAGAGAGCAGCAGUGACUCAAGAGCUUCUCAUAGCUGAAGAUCGAGCGAUGUGCAGAAGAGGUGUGGCUUAUCCACAAGGAAUUGUUGCGCCAUAUGUGAUUCGAUUAGACACCAUACCGCAUUUCAAUCCGCAUAUGAUUGGUGGUGUUGACCCUUUGUCUCCGGCAAAACCACUAGAACCACCUCCCUCAUACGAACAAGCUGUAUCCGCUCCGCCUGCACCUCAACCGCCCAGCUACACGGAAACGGCUGAGGACCGAGGCCCACCACUGCCACCAUCUUCCAUGCCGUCCUUGCAACCUCCUCCACCAAGUCGCCAACCACCACCACCGCCAAGUUCCUGA